GCCAACUGUAAACAAGCGUGGUUGGAUAAGAAGAUCUAUACUACCACCGACAGAGGCAGCCUCGGCAAGAAGCAGAGCAGAGAGCGAUGGCCGCGGCUGCGGGGAGCGGCGGCGUGGUGAAGCACCUCGUCCUCGCGCGGUUCAAGGAGGAGGCGACGCCGGAGGCGCUGGACCAGCUCAUCCGCCGCUACGCCGGCCUCGUCGACGCCGUCCCCUCCAUGAAGGCAUUCCACUGGGGAACCGAUGUGACCGUGCUAGACACGCACGAAGGGUUCACGCACGUCUUCGAGUCCACUUUUGAAAGCGCAGAGGGAGUCAAGGAGUACAUUGCACACCCAUCACAUGUAGAGUUUGUAGAUGAAUUCUUGGCUUUGGCGGAGAAAAUGCUCAUAGUGGAUUACAAGCCGGCAGCUACCAAUUAGUAGUGAUUUCGGCAGAGUGAGGUCCUGUGAGCUUCUUUUGUCGCCCUCGGUGAUAUUUUGUUUGUGUUUGAAAUUCAUUUUGUACCUUGUGCUAAAUAAAUCUGGCUGGCAUGUUUUAUAUCUCUUGAGAGUGACUGUUGAACUUA